UAUAGGGGAGUGCGCGAAGAUAAAUGCGCAUUGCGCCCCUAUGGCUACUUAUGCACGCCAUGACUCGAUGCAACAAUUUUGCCACUUGAUGUAGUAGUCGGAGAUAUUUCGCGGCGUGGCCCGCCUGUAGUAAGCCCGUCUGCUAGACCGCGACGACGAAUGAGGCUGACGUGGAAUGAGGUUAGAUUCGUCGCACUGUUGUUAUAUACACAGCAGCAGCACAGCACAUCAUCAUCAUCGUCAAGCGCGUCAAAGCAUUUUUAAAAAAGGAAAGACAGACCAGCGCAGCUGUUGUUGUCAUUUCGAAAAGUCGAGACUGAAAAUUGGGAUCAAAGAGUUGUAAUUUGUUUAAUCGUAGUGCCGUGCGGCGGACUAUAAUCUGUCAAUAUGUUCGAAAUUACGGAUACACAGAAGAUCGGCGUUGGCCUGGCAGGAUUUGGAAUAUCGUUUCUCUUUCUUGGCAUAUUACUGUUCUUCGAUAAGGGACUCUUAGCCAUAGGAAAUAUCCUUUUCAUAUCUGGUCUUGGGUGCGUGAUCGGACCAAAGAGAACUUUCUUCUUUUUCUUUCAAAGACACAAGUUCAGAGGUAGUAUUGCAUUCCUGGGAGGAAUAGCGAUUGUACUCUUUGGUUGGCCACUCAUAGGAAUGUUAUUCGAGGUGUACGGCUUUUUUGUUCUCUUCAGUGGAUUUUUGCCAGUAGCGAUCAACUUCUUGAGAAGAGUUCCAGUUCUUGGCACUUUUUUAAAUAUGCCUGGUCUUAGCAGAAUUUUGGACAUGAUAGCUGGAGACUCGAACCGAACCAGAGUCUGACCCGAUUGUUCCCAUUGUGCCACAAUUCAAUUGUAAAUACACAUUUUGUCUUCAUAAGUACUUGUCCCAAUGGAUUUGUUUCUUAUAAUCUUCAUGCCUUGGUUGAAAAACUAUGUAAAUGAGUGUGUAAGUUUAAUGGGAGAUUUUUUCUAGAUUUUCAAGUAUCAUCGCUUUUGGUGAUAAUUAUACAUAUAGGAUAAGUGUUAUAUUGUGUAAGCAAUUCAUUUUUGUAAACUAUUUGAAUGUUUCUCGAGUGCAUCAUUAUUUGAUGCAUGAAACAGCUACAUGCCUAAUUGUCAUUCCAAGAUAACUUAUGACUGAAAUAUAUUGAUUACAAUUAUAUGAAAGUAAA